UGAGAACCGCUGCUCUAACCACUGAGCAAAUGGCUAGGGUCUUUGUUUUUAUUAUUGAAUGAUCAUCACACCAGAAUGAGAUGCACAUCAUAGGAAGUCCACCAGGAGAUUGCGAAGACAGAAAGAAAUCUCACCUGUUACACAGCCCAGCGGGUGCAGUCUGUUACACACAUGUUCUCCAGGUACACUGUCACUAGUCCUCCCGUGAGAGGGCUUGACCUUUGUCACACAGAGUUCAUCCCAGAUUCACCUGGGAAUGGGGGUGUUUGUGAAUUGCCUUUGUCCAGAGGAAAAACACACUUCUCAUAUCUUUAUGACAAGAGGUAGUUUUGCAGCUUGGAGCCAGGUGUCCACCCAGGUUAGGGUCCCAGCCUCCCAUGGGGACAGGGAGACAGGGCGCUGCCUCUCUUGAUGUUUACAUUCCAAAGAGAUGGCUUCCAGGUCCCUGAGAGAGACAGUCCUGGGUUGUAAAGCUGGCAAGAGGCUUAUUUUGCCUUUGAAAUGAUUUAUGUACAUCUCAAAGAGACAGAGGAAGAACCUGUGUUUAGAAGUUUUCUAAAGAAAUGUUCUGAAGGAAAGGGGAGGGGUUUCUCCCUUUCUGCACGAGGGAAAAAUGUUUUUUCUGUAUUUUAGAUUCAUAUUUACCCUUAUCUCCCCCACCCCCACCCCACUUCUCUUGACAGGGUCCAGAUUCCCAGUCUGGGAAGGGGACCUGGGAGAGAAGAGGGGGACCCUUAAGAUGGGAGGCCUCGGGGGCUCUCGAGGGCCCCAGGUAGGGAGCAAGAUAAGACAGGGUUUCUUGUGAGGGUGGCUGGACUGAGGUGCCCUGGAGGAAGCUCCAGCUGAUGGCCAGGAAAGCCCCAUGGUCGCAGCUGCUGGAGCUGAUCUGAGAGCCACAGGUCCUCAGUGGGGCUCUUUGGGAGUGUGGGGUCUACGGGGAAGCAGGCGUGUGAAGCCAGAAUCCUGUUUGUAGCAGAGGCAGUCCCUGGUACCUGGUGGAGAGAAUGAACCGCAGGCUGCCCACAGCCCACCUCUGAGUGCCACAGCGCUGCCAGGUGUUCUCUGUGUGGGGGCUGUGUCCCAGGUCCCGGGUCUUCCUCCGUGGGCACCAAGAGUUCCUGUCCUCCAGAUGAAGGGGAAUAGAGUAUGUACAUGUCAGGUGGCAACGUGUCAUGGAGGAAUGCGAGGUGGAGUUAGGCUUGUGACUUUACCCAGAGUGCCAGGGAAGGCCGUGCUGAGGAGGUGACCCCUGAAAGAGUUGAGGCGGGCCAUGCCAAGAUCUGAGACAGAACACCCCAUGCAGAGGGGCAGCCAGUGCAAAGCCCGAGGCUUCUGAGCAGCAUGACCUGUCCCCCAUCAUGUUCCAGGCACGAGGAACCAUCAGGAAAUGUUCUGACAACUGGAGCAUUAACCAUCCAGGCCAACUCUGUUUCCUUUGCUCCCAUCUCACGCACAGACCGAGUCGGGGCACCGUGCUGAUGCUGUGGGUCCCCCGGGAUGGAGAGCAGCCUGGCUGGUGCCAGCACAGGAGACCGGCUGGUGAUGAAGAUCAAGCCAGAGAAGCCAGAGUGGCUGCUGCAGAACCUGGCGCCGCCCGCUGCGCUUUCCAAGGACAAGGAAAACAUUUUCCAGCAGCCCCACGGCCUCCCACCAUGCCAGGCUUUGGGGAAACCCCGUUCCUUGGGGGGACAGGAGGAGACUGGGGGUCCCAGGUGGACCCCUCCCACUGAGCAGGAUGCUGGGCUGGCAGGCCAGGUUCCGGGGGCAGCCCCCGGCCCCCUGAGCCCCGUUCUGUCUGCCAGCGAGGGCCAUUUUGUGUGCCUGGACUGCGGGAAGAGGUUCAGCUGGUGGUCGUCCCUGAAGAUCCACCAGCGCACCCACACCGGGGAGAAGCCUUACCUGUGCGGCAGCUGCGGCAAGAGCUUCAGCCAGAAGCCCAACCUGGCGCGCCACCAGCAGCAGCACACGGGCGAGCGGCCCUUCCGCUGCCCCGAGUGCGCCAGGCGCUUCAGCCAGAAGCAGCACCUGCUCAAACACCAGAAGACCCAUUCGCGGCCCGCCACCUACUCG